GAUGUCUUAUUUACUUCACGAAUAAAAUUUCGGAACAUAUCUUAAAGCAAACAUUCAUUUUUUAGAGUUUCAUCAAGCUUCGCAAAUAUAUUCUUCAAUCUUGAUGUAAAGAAUAAUUGUCGGAUUUUUAAAUAAAGUUUAAUAUUAUUACGGAAUUCACCAAGAAGUGAAUCAGUUUCUAAGAAAAUGCCAGGUUGCUGUGUGCCUGGUUGUAGCAAUUCAACCGCUAAAGGAUUUUCGAUGAGAAGUUUUCCUGCAGACCCCGAACGGAAGGCAUUAUGGAUUGCCAAUAUUGGUAAACCAAAUUGGGAACCUAAGUCACAUAGUCGUAUAUGUGAAAUACAUUUUUCCAAGGAUAUGUGGGAAAAAGUUCGUUGUGAUGGUAAACAGAAAUUAAAAUGUAAUGCUGUGCCCACAAUUUUCCCUUCUCGUCAACAGGACAAAAGUAUUUUGUUCAAUAAUCACAAUACACAUGAAAAUGAUAUCGACAGUGAUAAUUUAAUUAAUGAUAAAAAUAAUAUAAAUUUAUUUCCAAUAUCGCAAACUUAUUCAAAUAUAUCUAUAUCUACAAACAUGGAAGAAGAAAUAGAUUGGAAAAAACAAUGUGAAGAGUUGAAACAUUUAUUGAGAAAGAGCAAACAAAAUUGUAAAUAUCUUCAAAAUACUUUAAAAAGACGUGAAGAAAUGUUUAAUAGGAUAAUAGUAAAAAGUGAUAGAUAUAGGAGGAUUUUGAAGGAACGUUUAAAGAGAUUGAAAGCAAAUAAUCAGAAUUAUGACAAAUUGAGAAUUAGCCUAGAAAAAGUUCUCGAUAAAGGUCAAAUUAUAGUACUUAAUGGAAAUGAUCGUAAAUGGUCUUGUGAAACAAUUAUGCGAGCUAUUGAUUCAAGAUACACAUGUGACAAUAACAAAAUAUAGUAAAAUGAUUGCCAUUUAUGACCAGAAAAUGUAUAUACAAAGAAAUAUAAAAU